AUGAAGGGAAAGAAAUUAUUGGAUGAUGAUGAGGAAUUCCUAAGAUCAAAAUCAUAGAUAGAUAUAUUUCCAAGGUGGUAAGAAUUGAAACCAUUGGGUAAAAAUAUACAUAGAAGAUCAUAUCAUUCAUGUGUGGCUCAUGAGAAUUUUCUUUAUGUCUAUGGAGGAUAUGAAACAAACGAGGGAAUUCUGAGUGACUUUUGCAGAAUACCAUCACCUGUUUCACCAAAGCCUUUUUGUUGGACAACCUUGAUUAAGAAAGCAGCAGCAGAUAAUGAAAAUAAUCUCAUUCCAGGGCCAUUGAGAAACCACACAGCAAUAGUUCAUUAAAAUAAAAUGUACAUGUUUGGAGGGAAGGAAAACUUGAUGUCUCCAACUGCAAAAUUAUGGAUCUAUGAUUUUUAGGAAGAAGUAUUUAUUGAGGGGAAGGAAUGUAUAAUUGAUGGCAAGAAGAUGGCUGUGGAAGGUCAUUCAAGUUGUUUAUGGAGUGAAUAGUAAUAGAUGGUUGUCUUUGGAGGAUUUUACAGUGAUACUGGAUAUAGAUCAUCAAUAUUAUUUUAUGAUUUGUAGAAGGAAGUUUGGACAAUGAUAUUCAAAGGAGAUAACAACUCAGCACAGUUUCCAAAAGGAAGAGCAGAAGCAGGAGUUACAUUAAUUGGAAACACAUUGUAUGUAUAUGGAGGAUGCAAUUACGAAUCAAGAUUUGGAGAUUUUUGGAAAUUUGAUUUGGAAAAUAGAUAAUGGGGAUUAAUUGUAACAGAAAAGUCUCCAGGAACAAGAUCAUCCACUUCUUUGCUAGUUCAUCCUUAAGGAAUUAUGUUAUUUGGAGGAAUUCAUGAUAUAACUCAUGAGAAAAAUGACUUGUGGUUAUACCGAACAAAUGAAUGGAUGCAACUGGAGGAAGAUACUAGUAGAAGAUAGGUGGCAGAUGAAAUGCUAAAUGAUUCUGCAUUUGAUAAAGCAAGUUAAGCAAGACCAUAAAAGAAGGAGAAAGGUAGAAAUGAACCUAGAUCCUUUUUAUUAUUGGAUGAUGAGCCUAAGAAUUCUAUUCAUUAGAGAAGAAAUUCAGUGAAAAAUCUUGAUUAAAAGCAACCUACUGACACAAACAAUAAUUUCUAAUUAAACAGUAUGGAUGAGUAGAAAAAGAAGAGAUUACAACAAAAGAAAAACUAAAUGCUGGCUGAAUUCGAAUUGAAUGAGGAAGAAAAAUCGAAAUACAGGAGUUCAUCACCAACUACUGACUAGAUCAAGAAUUCAAUAAGUGUGAUCACAAAUUAAGAAAAACAAGGAGGGUAGAGAAAGAUAUAAUCACCAACAGGAAAAAAGAAUGCAAUUUAAGCAUCUCUUAGUGGCAAAAAGCCAUGUGCUAGAGAUGGUCACAGUGCUAUUGUAAUGGGCGAAAUAAUGAUAGUGUUUGGUGGAGACAGAAAUUUGAUGUCCUUCAAUGACAUCUAUAUGUACUCGUUCAAUUAAAAAUGAUAAUCUAUAAUUGUUAUGAAUAACUUAAUAUUC